UGUAAGCCAAAUGUCCUGCAUUUGUGUCGGUCCCAAGCGUGCGGGAAAAACACAUCUUUUGAAGGCAUUAGAGAAUCCAGAAUCGAUUGAUGAAACUACUUAUUCCAUGCCGACAAAUGGCACCAAUAUUUUUACGAUCAACAUUCCAACUAAGCUUUCAACUGCUACAAACUCCACUUCAAAAACAGAGCAAACGGCCGACAAGGAUUGCAAAGAUGCCGCUGAUGCAGCAGGGUCAAAACGAAAGAAGCCUCCAUUGAAAUGCAUACGAAUUUUGGAAAUCGGUGGAGCAAUGGCACCACUGUGGCGACAGUACUACGGAAAUGUAUCGAAAUUAAUUUACGUGGUGGACACUUCAAAUCUAUGUCAAAUUUCGGCAGCGGGCGUGCUGCUGUAUUCAAUAUUGGCCGAACCUCGAUUGCAGCGCUGUCGAAUUUUGUUAGUCCUUGCAAAGAUGGAUUAUGCCUAUCGUCAGAUGCGCAACGAAGCGUUGCUUAUGCUGCAAAUAUCGAAACUCCAAAAAGAAGUUCGACAGGAAUUAACGAUUGUAGAGGCCAGCGCCGUCAGUCACUUGGGAUUUGAUGCUAUAUACGCUUGGUUGCAGAUCCCUUAAGAGAUAUUAUAAGAAUUUUAUAAACCUACCGGCCUAACGAUG